CGGCGGCCGGCGAGGCCAUGGAGGAAUUCCAGGAGGCUGACAUCCUGUGGCCCGAGCCCUCGGAGGACAGCUUGUCCUCCGGUGAUGGCCGCGCCGACGGUGGCGUGCCGUCGUCUUCGGUGGUGGCUGGUCGUCCCAUCGGCUCGCCGCCGGAGACGACGUCGUCGCUGUCUGCUCCGGUGGAGAUCAUCUCCCGCCGGAAGCGGCGGUCUCGGUCCUGGGCUUCCGAGGACGGCAUGCUGUGCCAGACCGACGACGAAGACGACGGCGGCGCUGCGAAGAAGAAGGCGAAUGGGAUUGCCGUCGUGCCGCCGCACGCCAUUGUUGAUCGGAGGAGGCUUCGAGGUCAGACGGCGGCGUACUCCAUGUGCGCCGGCAAGGGGAGGACGCUCAAAGGGAGGGACCUCCGCAACGUCAGGAACCUCGUCCUCCAGAUGACCGGAUACAUCGAGAAAUGAACACCAAAGCUUACUGUUUCAUGGCGAAUAGCUAACUGAAUACCGAAGAAAUGAACACAAAAACCUGAAGAUUUUCAACAUGCCUGAAGACUGAAGAAAUUAAUUUGCAGAGUACAAUAAUUCUCUUUGUUUAAUUAAUCUGUAGGAUUGCAAUUUGCUGGCUCUUGGAAUAAAUGUACAUGUGUAUUUGCAAAGAAAUGAACAAAUGAAAGGUACAAAAUGAAGCCCAGCUGCAAAGUUGUAAAAUGUUUAUUAAUACCACUUUUCUUAACAAUCGUAAAAUGUUUAUAUUUUGGAAUUAGGGGAUUCACUGCAAAGUUGUAUAACAUUAUGGGGAUUCACUGCUAGAGAGUUGGACUAAUUUAUUAAAGGAGAUUUCGCAAGUGCGUUUGAGCACGAA